GAGAUGCAGCAAGUUCUGGAGAAACUGACUGAUCUGCCCUCUACAACGGGGGCAGACGAUAUUGAUAUUAUAUUCUUGAAAGGAAUAAUGGAAAACCCCAUUGUACAAUCUCUUGCCAAGGCACAUGAACGUCUAGAAGAUACUAAGCUAGAAGCGGUUGGUGACAAUAAUGUGGAACUUGUACAUGACAUUCUUGAAGACAUUAGUCCUUUAGCACAUGAAGAUAAAACUGUUGAAGAAUUAGUUACUAUACUUAAAGAGCCUCAUUUUCAGAGUCUUCUAGAAGCUCAUGACAUAGUUGCAUCCAAAUGUUAUGAUUCUCCCCCUUCAAGUCCAGAAAUGAAUUCUGCAGUGAACAACCAACUUGCACCUGUUGAUGCCAUCCGCAUGGUUGGAAUUCAUAAAAGAGCUGGGGAACCUUUGGGUGUGACAUUUAAAGUGGACAAUAAUAAUCUAGUAAUUGCACGGAUCCUCCAUGGCGGAAUGAUUGACCGACAAGGUCUUCUUCAUGUGGGAGACAUAAUUAAAGAAAUUAAUGGCCAUGAAGUGGGAAACAAUCCAAAAGAAUUACAGGAGCUGCUGAAAAGUAUUAGUGGCAGUGUUACACUUAAGAUACUUCCAAGCUAUAAAGACACAGUUACCCCUCAGCAGGUGUAUGUGAAGUGUCAUUUUGAUUACAACCCAUUUAAUGAUAAUCUGAUUCCCUGCAAAGAGGCUGGAUUAAAGUUUUCUAAAGGAGAAAUACUGCAUAUAGUUAAUAGGGAAGAUCCAAACUGGUGGCAGGCCAGUCAUGUAAAAGAAGGUGGAAGUGCAGGUCUCAUUCCCAGUCAGUUCUUAGAGGAGAAGAGGAAAGCCUUUGUUAGAAGGGACUGGGAAGGUGCAGGGCCAUUUUGUGGUACAAUUACAAGCAAGAAAAAGAAAAAAAUGAUGUACCUCACAACAAAAAAUGCAGAAUUUGAUCGCCAUGAGAUUCAGAUAUAUGAAGAGGUAGCUCGAAUGCCUCCAUUUCAAAGAAAAACGCUGGUUUUAAUUGGAGCUCAAGGUGUGGGACGCAGAAGCUUGAAGAACAGACUGAUUGUCAUGAAUCCAAACCAUUUUGGAACAACUGUUCCAUUCACUUCACGCAAGCCAAGAGAAGAUGAAAAAGAUGGGCAUGCAUACAGAUUUGUCUGCAGAUCGGAAAUGGAAGGGGAUAUAAAAGCUGGAAGGUACUUGGAACAUGGAGAAUAUGAAGGGAAUCUCUAUGGCACAAAAAUAGACUCAAUCCUUGAAGUAGUAAUGGCCGGCCGCACGUGUAUAUUGGAUGUUAAUCCACAGGCAUUAAAAGUACUGCGGACUUCUGAGUUUAUGCCAUAUGUAGUGUUCAUCGCUGCUCCAGAGUUAGAGACAUUGCGUGCCAUGCACAAAGCCGUGGUGGAUGCUGGAAUCACGACAAAGCUUCUCACUGAUACAGAUCUGAAGAAGACAGUUGAUGAGAGUGCUCGGGUUAUGAGAGCCUACAACCAUUACUUUGACCUCACCGUUGUAAAUGACAACUUAGACAAGGCCUUUGAAAAGCUCCAGGCAGCGGCUGAGAAGUUACGAGUGGAGCAGCAAUGGGUUCCAAUUAGCUGGGUCUACUGACUUCUUGAGCUAUAGAUUUCAACCAAUAAUAUAGACACUACACAACGGGAGCGCCUACAGAAUGGAGACCUAGGGUUCCUUGUGUCGUUUAUUUCCACGUGAGGAUUGAAAAGAUCGUACACUGUUCUGAAUUUUUAUAGAACACUUUGAAGGGAAAGUGUACUUAAAUAUGUAAUUUAUUUUAAUUUUUAUAACUUUUUAAAGAUAAUCUUUCUAUUCAUAAUACAUGAAGGAAAUGCGUUGAAGCAUUUUUUUGUGAUUUUUAAUUUGGUACGUAUGCUUUUUUUCAUCUUGGAAAGUUUGUCAUUAACAUUUUGGUCUUACAUUUUCACUGUGAUUACAAAAGAUACUUGAAAUAAUUUUCUAAGUCUGUCGUUUGAUACAUAAAUGGAUUAAAAUGUAUUUGUAUAUCUCAUCACAACAUUGUUUUGUGAAAAAAAAAAUGCUUCAGAACUGUAACUCAUUGUAACAUUUGUUUUAUGAAGAUCUGACUAUUUCAAGUAACACCGGGCUUCUGUAGCAGGUUGAGGACAAUACCCAUCAUUAUUGGAAGGGGCCUUUGUUUUAUAUGUAUUAUGCAGUGAGAUGUAGGUGAGAAAUGUUUAGAAGAUUUUUUAAACUUUGGUCUAA